AUGCAAUCUUCUAACCAAGGAAUCUCUAUCGCAAUCGAUAGGGGCGGUACAUUCACAGACUGCGUAGGAAACCCCGGAACCGGCCGACUUGAAGACGACAUCGUGAUAAAACUCCUCUCCGAAGACCCAGCAAAUUACAAAGAUGCACCCCUCGAAGGAAUCCGCAGGAUAAUGUCCACAGUGACAGGCCGUGAAAUUCCCCGCGGAGAAGCCAUCGACACAUCGCUAAUCAAAUCGAUCCGAAUGGGCACAACAGUCGCAACAAACGCCCUACUCGAACGCAAAGGAGAAAAUAUCGCCCUGGUCGUGACAAAAGGAUUUAAAGACUGUCUCCAGAUUGGGAACCAGUCUCGGCCGAAGAUCUUCGAUCUCGCUAUCAAACGCCCUGAGGUGCUGUAUGAGGAAGUCAUUGAGAUUGAAGAGAGAGUUACUUUGGAAGAUUAUGCCGAAGAUCCGGAGCGAACUGUCACAGAUACAGCUCCACGCGGACAAAGCGCCGACGACGCAGAAAUCGUCCGCGGCCUUUCUUCCGAAGCAGUCCGUAUUCUCAAACGUCCAUCCGAGAAUGAAAUCAGGACACAACUCCAGCAGGUUUAUGAUCGGGGAAUUCGAAGUAUAGCAGUCUGUCUUAUGCAUGGCUACACCUUUCCGGACCACGAAGCUCUAAUUGGCCGCAUUGCUGCGGAAAUCGGCUUCGAACAUGUCAGUCUGAGUCACGAGUUGAUGCCCAUGAUCAAAUUAGUGCCGCGCGCCACAUCCGCCUGCGCCGAUGCGUAUCUAACGCCCACGAUAAAGAAAUACAUCUCCGGCUUUCAGGCCGGGUUUUCUGGCGGUCUUGGAAGCGAGAGCGUGAGACGCGAAAAUGGUUCGCGCGGUGCUCGGUGCGAGUUCAUGCAAUCGGAUGGAGGAUUGGUUGACGUGGACCAAUUCUCUGGGCUACGGGCGAUAUUGUCUGGUCCAGCGGGUGGAGUCGUGGGAUACGCAUUGACGUCCUACGAUCCUGUGUCGAAAAUUCCUGUCAUUGGGUUUGAUAUGGGUGGUACCAGUACGGAUGUUAGUAGAUAUGGCUCUGGUCGGUACGAGCAUGUAUUUGAGACCACGACGGCUGGGGUGACCAUCCAGUCUCCGCAGCUGGAUAUCAAUACCGUCGCAGCUGGUGGUGGAUCACGACUAUUCUAUCGCAAUGAAUUAUUUGUCGUCGGUCCUGAAUCCGCGGGGGCUCAUCCGGGACCUGCUUGUUAUCGCAAGGGUGGGCCUUUAACGGUGACGGACGCGAAUCUCUUCCUGGGCAGACUUAUUCCGGACUUCUUUCCGAGAAUAUUCGGACCGGAUGAGAAUCAGGGCUUGGAUGAGCAGGCCAGUCGUGAACUAUUCGAGAAACUCACGCUUGAAAUUAAUGAGAAGAUUGCGUCGAGUGGUCAGAGCAAGAAAAUGUCGUCUGAUGAAGUUGCGUUUGGAUUCAUCAAGAUUGCUAACGAGACUAUGACUCGUCCCAUUAGAUCCUUGACUGAGGCGAAAGGACACGAUACCUCGAAGCAUCGAUUGGCCACCUUUGGAGGUGCUGGAGGCCAGCAUGCCGUAGCCAUCGCGGAAAACCUCGGCAUUCGACAAAUUCUGAUCCAUCGGUAUUCGUCCGUCUUGUCGGCAUAUGGAAUGGCGUUGGCGGAUGUCGUUGAUGAAAGCCAAGAGCCAGAAUCCAAGACAUGGCGUGAUGACGACAAAACAGUUCUGCAAGAGCUCGCAAAGAAGAUGACGGAACUGAAGCAGCGAUCAGCCACAAGACUCAAGGAGCAAGGCUUCGAUGAUGAAUCCGUGGUAUUCGAAGAAUAUCUCAACAUGCGGUAUCGAGGUACAGAAUCCGCCCUGAUGAUAUUAAGACCCAAUACAGAAGACGCAAAUCAACAUUUUGGCGGUGAUGACUGGGCCUUUGGAAAAGCGUUUGUGCAACAGCACGAGCAAGAAUUCGGUUUCACUCUUCCAGACCGUGAUAUAAUCGUCGACGAUGUCCGAGUCCGCGGAAUCGGAAAGACUUUCGAAGCAUCCGAGAAAACAGUUGACCAGCAGCUCCAAGAGUCCAAACCAGUCGAUGUCGUGGGCCGCGAAUAUCGAAAGUCUCAGGUAUACUUCGAAGGCGGACGAUACGAGACGCCAAUCUAUAAACUGGACGAUCUCCAGAUAAACGACCGGGUGAAAGGACCAGCUAUACUAGCAGAUGACACUCAAACUAUCGUAGUGACACCAGGUGCCUACGCACUCCUAACCAAGACCCACGUCGUGAUCAAUAUCGGAGAAUCCGAUGCCAAUCCGCCACCAAUCAGCACCAAAUCCGUGGAUCCCAUCUUAUUAAGCGUUUUCUCGCAUCGAUUUAUGGCUAUUGCGGAGCAAAUGGGUCGUGCUUUGCAGAAAACAAGCGUUAGCACGAAUGUCAAGGAACGGCUUGACUAUUCGUGCGCGUUAUUCGAUGCGGAAGGUGGCUUGGUUGCCAAUGCACCUCACUUGCCGGUUCAUCUUGGGAGCAUGUCAACAUGCGUACGAAUGCAAGCCGAGCUUUGGAAAGGGAAUCUGAAGCCUGGGGACGUUUUGGUCUCCAACUCGCCUUGUCAGGGUGGAACUCAUCUUCCCGAUAUCACGGUGAUACAACCGGCCUUUAGCGAAGGGAAAAUAAUCUUCUACGUAGCUUCCAGAGCACACCAUGCUGAUAUCGGAGGUAUCCUCCCUGGCUCAAUGCCACCCCAUUCAAAAGAGCUCUACCAAGAAGGCGCACGUAUCAAAAGCGAGAAGCUUGUGUCCGAAGGCAAAUUCAACGAAAAGCGUAUCACGGAACUCCUAUAUGACGAACCUGCCCAGCAUCCCGAUUGCAGUGGAACAAGAUGUCUGGCAGAUAACUUGAAUGAUCUCAAAGCUCAAAUCGCAGCCAACAAGAAAGGAAUCACAUUGAUAAACACCCUGAUCGAAGAAUACGGCGAGAAUGUAGUCUUGUUCUACAUGCACCAGAUCCAAGCCAAUGCAGAGCUCAGCGUGCGCAAUCUCUUGAAGGAAGUCAGUCAAAAGUUCUCGGGUAGAGACCUGAGUGCCAUUGACUAUAUGGACGAUGGUACCCCCAUUCAACUGAAGAUCUCCAUCGAUGCGGAGAAAGGCGAAGCGAUAUUUGAUUUCGAAGGGACUGGCCCGGAAGUAUACGGCAAUGUCAACGCCCCAGAGGCCGUCACGUACUCCGCAAUCAUAUACUGUCUGCGCUGUCUUAUCUCAGAAGACAUCCCCCUCAACCAAGGCUGUCUGAAACCAAUCGGUGUCCGAAUUCCUCCAAACAGUCUCCUCUCCCCAUCCGAGUCCGCAGCAGUCGUAGGAGGCAACGUAUUAACAAGCCAACGCGUAACAGACGUAAUCCUAAGAUGCUUCCAAGCCUGCGCCGCCUCCCAAGGCGACACAAACAACCUAACCUUCGGCUUCGGCAGCAACCGCGCAGGCGAGGCCUCAAAGAAGGGCUUCGGGUACUACGAAACCAUCGCCGGUGGCAGCGGCGCAGGACCAGAUUGGGAGGGAACAUCAGGAGUGCACACCCACAUGACCAACACGCGAAUCACCGAUGCCGAAGUCUUCGAGCGUCGGUAUCCGGUUUUACUCCGCGAAUUCAGUCUGCGGCCGAAUUCUGGCGGCAGGGGCCAGCACCGGGGUGGAGAUGGGGUGGUGCGCGAUAUCGAGUUUCGUAUUCCGGUUCAGGUUUCUAUUCUCUCUGAGCGGAGGGUUUAUCGUCCGUAUGGGCUUGAGGGGGGUGAGGAUGCGGAGUGUGGGCAGAAUCUUUGGAUUCGGAGGGUAGAGAGGGCUGAUGGGGGUUGGGGGGGAGAGGUGUAUUAG